UGCGCGACUGGUUGCGUGACAAUACACGAGAGAGUAUCAAGACUGCAGGCAACGCCGCCAGAAACAUCAACGCUAUAAAGGAACUGUUUGUCUUCGGAGAGCCGAAUGGCUUCACCGCAUUCCGUAAACUGAUGGAGGAUGAUGGCUCCUGCUUCUGCGCUCCCGUCAGGAGUAACUGCAGGGAACACACAGCCGUGUUGCUCUACUCCAGUGGAACCACGGGCCUGCCUAAAGGCGUCAUGCUGACGACAUUCAACCUCAUAGCAGCCAUGGAGGUCAUGAACGCUACUACGGACGCUCUCACUCGACAGAUGAGGGAGCCACCGUCGCAGACCGAGCUCGGUCUUCUGCCGUUCUAUCACGCGUCAGGUUUCACGGCUACGCUGCUAAACUCCAUGACCAUGGGUUCAACGCUCGUCAUCCUUUCCCGAUUCCAACCAGAAGUAUUUCUAGAGACCAUUCAAAACUACAAGAUUAACAGGAUCAGUUAGUGCCCCCGCUUGCAGUGUUCA